AUGACACCCAACAGCUUUAGCUUCCGUCCUUCCCUGCACCUCAUCACCGAGUCCCCCAACUGCAGCUGCUGUCUUACUCCGGGAAAAGAUGCCACUGAGCGCGACGCGAGGGAUCCCGUCAACACCAACACCCCGUCUCGCUGCCCUCGCCCCAACCCUCCUCCCUCUCCGCCUUGGAGAUAUUACCCCCUCAAGAAGCACGCGACCUCUGCGGAACUCUACCGCCUGAUGAUGGCCGACGUCCCGACGUCCCCGCGCCCGGAGGCCGAGCAGCCCGCCCCGGCGGCUUUAUCGUCGUCCUCGCAGAACCAGAAAGCUGCUCUCGGCGGCGGCUCUUCGGACACCAAGCUUAGUGCCGAUGUUCCAGCAGCGACUUCGCCUGUCCCAGACACGGAUGCCGCACCCGAAAACGAGCCUGACGUCGAACCCGUCGCGCCGAAGCUCGACCCCGCCGGCUUCUUCACCCUUGUCUCCAACUCGACGACCAACACCACGCACCAUCCGACUGUGAAGUACAUCUUCCUCGACGACGACCCGGAUACCCUCACAACCGCCCUCGCCGCCCACCACUCCGCGAACCAGGCCUCGACCCCCUCCGCCUCGACAUCCAAAUCGGGCUCCGGCAAGAACCCGACGCCGAACCCCGCCAACCGAGCCGUCCUUCUCGACGUCGUCCCCGACGCGGACGGACAGUGGAAAGUGUCCUCCGCCGCGAGUCUGAGUGCCGACUUCGCAGUGACAGAUGCCAGCAUCGCCCGGCAGGAGGGCGAGAAAGAGGGCGGGCUGGUCCUCAAGAUCGAGGGCGUCGAGAACGAGAGCGGCGCAAGUGCGGUCGGUGACAAGGACAAGGACCGCGCCGAGAGCCUGCCCAGCUCCAACAGCGCCGUCGCACGGUCUGGCGGCGAGGAAUACGGACCUCUCCUUGAGGAUUUCGAGCGGAAGAUGAGUGUGCUUCGGCGGGUCGUCAAGGCUGGCGAGGGCCGGGCUGAGAAGGCUCGCGAAACGAAGCCUUCUUCUGAUGAGGUUGAGCCCAAGAAGGAAAGCGAAGAAUGA